CGGGGAGAGAGGGUACGGACCAGACAGGCUUGUCUGGCCAGUCGUGCUUCGGUCGGCGGGUUUGUGUAUGAGUGAAUCAGUUGACGGAAGGGCGUACUGCGGUGAAGCACACUUGCGAAAUCGUCCCGUAGGAAAGCCCACCGGUGCAUUUGCGGGUGUCGUUUGCGAGCAUUCCAGGGUGUCUCGAGGCGUUUGAACGGACAUCGACAUGGCCCCCGUAGUCGGCUACUGGGACGUCCGUGCCCUAGCGCAGUUCAUCCGCAACCUGCUCGUCUACAAGGGAGUCCAGUUCGAGGACAAGCGCUACAAGUUCGGCCCGGCGCCCGACUUUGACCGCUCCGACUGGCUCAAGGAGAAGUUCACGCUGGGUCUCAAGUUCCCCAAUCUGCCGUACUACAUUGACGGUGACGUCAAGAUCACCCAGAGCUUGGCCAUCCUGCGCUACCUGGGAAGGAAGCACGAUUUGGCUGCCAGGAACGAAGACGAGACCCUGGAGCUGGACGUACUCGAACAGCAGGCCCGAGAUCUGACCAUGCGGCUUAUCUACGCCACGGCUCCGAACCCAAACUACGAAGAGACGAUCAAGGCGUACGCGGACAACAUCGACAACGUGCUGAAGCCCUGGGACGAACACCUGGCCAACCGCAAGUGGGCCCUGGGAGACAGGCUGACGUACGUGGACUUCCAGCUCUACGAAGGGUUCGACACUCACCGAGAGUUCAAGGGCGAGGCCGUGCAGCGGUACCCGCACAUCGUCGAGUACCUGAAGAGGUUCGAGGAGCUGCCCAACCUGAAGGAGUACUUCGCCUCGGACAAGUACCACAAGUACCCCAUCCUUGGACCCCACCGCAAGUGGGGUUUCAAGAAGUAACACAUCCCCCACACAGUGCUGCCUCCUGGUACAC